AUGGCUGACAGCAGUGGCGUUGUCACCGUAUACGGCAAAGGCGCCAUAUACGAAACCACGACCAAAUCCUCCCCAUUCUCCGUCAAAGUUGGCCUCGCCCAAAUGCUCCGCGGCGGCGUCAUCAUGGACGUCGUCAACCCCGCACAGGCCCGCAUCGCCGAGGAGGCCGGCGCAUGCGCCGUCAUGGCCCUUGAGCGCGUCCCCGCCGACAUCCGAUCUCAGGGCGGCGUUGCCCGAAUGUCCGACCCGCAGCUCAUCAAGGAGAUCAAGCGCUCCGUCACCAUCCCCGUCAUGGCCAAAGCUCGCAUCGGCCACUUCGUCGAGGCCCAAAUCCUCGAGGCCAUCGGCGUCGACUACGUGGACGAGAGCGAGGUCCUGACACUCGCCGACGACGAGCACCACAUCAACAAGCACAACUUCCGCGUCCCGUUCGUCUGCGGCUGCAGGAACCUCGGCGAGGCGCUUCGCCGGAUCCGGGAGGGUGCCGCGAUGAUCCGGACGAAGGGGGAGGCCGGCACCGGAAACAUCGUCGAGGCCGUGAGGCACGUGCGGCAAGUGAUGGGGGACAUCAGGGUUUUGCGGAACAUGGACGACGACGAGGUGUUCGCGUACGCGAAGAGAAUCGCGGCGCCGUACGAUCUCAUGAUGCAGACGAAGCAGCUCGGGAGGCUGCCGGUGGUGCAGUUCGCCGCCGGUGGCGUGGCAACGCCUGCCGACGCGGCGUUGAUGAUGCAGUUGGGGUGCGAUGGGGUUUUCGUCGGGUCGGGUGUGUUUAAGAGUGGUGACCCGGCCCGGAGGGCUCGGGCUAUUGUGCAGGCUUCGACCCAUUAUAGUGACCCAGAUGUGCUGGCUGAGAUCAGCUGUGGAUUAGGUGAGGCCAUGGUUGGGAUUAAUCUGAAUGACGAGAAGGUUGAGAGGUACGCGUUUCGGUCUGACUGA